AUGGCUGUAAAUUUUAAUGACCCAGCCUGUGGCUUCCUUCAGAGGGAGGUUGUAGAUUUCUUAAAUAAGCAAAUACUUAAAGCUGGAGUCAGUCCCUACUUGUCCUCGUUGUGCGAGAGCAAGUCUUGGGGGGAUAUGGAGAAGAAGUUGAGGGACAUUGUGACUAACUCAGCUAUAUCGGGACGCCUCAGGGAGGCUUGUGCCUGGACCUCCCUGGCCCUAGCAGUGCGGUUUGCUGAGAGGCAGAAGUCGAAGGAUACAGAAAAGGUAAAAAAGCUCGAGGAGCAGCUCGAGGAGCAAAAGCUUCUCACGAAUGCCUUGAGGGGGACGGUGAAUAGACUCCGGGAGAUACAAGAGAGGGAAAAGGAGAAGGCCCAGUCCCAGCUUCAGCAGAGCCUCACAAACCUUCAUGGAGUAGAGGAAGAGCGAAAUUUACUCAGGAGUGAGCUUCUUAGGGUGUUAAGCACUCAGUCUCAGCAGCAGGCCAGAACUCAGGGAGAGGAGAAGGAAAAGGAGGCACAGACGUCAGGGAUGCUGACGUGUUCUUAUGGCACAGCAAGUUGCUGGCUGAGGGGGGAGGCGGGGAAGGGAUCAGACCAGGAGGCACAGACGUCUGGGAUGCUGAUGUGUUCUUAUGGCACAGCAAGUUGCUGGCUGAGGGGGGAGGCGGGGGAGGGAUCAGACCAGGAGGCACAGACGUCAGGGAUGCUGAUGUGUUCUUAUGGCACAGCAAGUCGCUGGCUGAGGGGGGAGGCGGGGAAGGGAUCAGACCAGGAGGCACAGACGUCAGGGAUGCUGAUGUGUUCUUAUGGCACAGCACGUCGCUGGCUGAGGGGGGAGGUGGGGAAGGGAUCAGACCAAGAGACUGCUGCUGCUCCUGAGAUGGCUGCUCUAGGGGGAGAGGCAAAGAAGGACAAAGUGAUUUCUCUAUGGGGGAAGAACGAGGUGGUAGCUAAUUUUUCUUGCCCUCAGCUCUUGGGUGCCGGGGCCCAGGCUGGUCAACUGCUACCCCUUAAUCUCUCUCAAUUCUCUUAUUCAUAUCCACCUACAAUUUCUCUCGCAGGAGCAACAGGUGAAGCUGCAGCAGCUCCUCCUGUGAAAAAUUCCAGAGCUAGGUGGGAUAGAAAGCAUAGCCAUACCGGGAAGUUCUUGCCAGAAACGCUUAAGCAGUACCCUGGCGUCUCUCACUCUGCAAGACGUACCAUCAGGCACAGAAUGGGAGACUGGACCUGUGCUCAGUGUCAUUCGAUGAAUUUCUUAUGGCGAAAGAUGUGCUUUAAAUGUAAAACACCCUGGCACACAAGGGAACGUAGAGGCUCUCCCCCCAAUUAG